UUCCCGGGCAUGUACUGUACAACAUCCAGAAUAUUUCCAAGAAAUUUCGUUGCGUGAUCUUCACUCGAGUAUUUAAGACUUCUCCACAGUUACUAUCGGUUCAUUCUAUUAAAGUUUAGAAAUGAUCAAAUUGGUGUUUGGAAGUGUUUGCUUUCUGGUGUUAUUUUGGAAGUCAGAAAGUCAGGUGUCUCCACGAAGACUACCUCCAGUCCCUAGACCAAGUGUUGACGUACCAACUAUCUCUACUGAUAUCAUUAAUGAUGCAGUGGAUCAAGCUUCAUCUAUUAUAUCUGGAAGAAGAGAGAUAGAAAGGAAUUUAGUUAUUCAAGGUAGAACACUUUCUGCCCGUCUGCAUCCUGCUGAGAGCAGACAUCAACUCUUCUUGAUGACUUUUCCAAGAGCCAUAACUCUCGAAGAAAUCAGAGAGCAAUUUGAAGAAAUUACAAAAGUUCUAGCAGAUCGAUUCAAUUUAUCUCCGGACGAAAUCAUAUUUGGCCUAUCACAAUUAGAUCUGAGCCAAACUACUGCAAGGCCAUUGGUACAACGAUGCUUUAAUCAAUUCCAACCGCGAUGUGAAAGUAGUAGAUUUAGAACUUUCGAUGGAAGCUGUAACAACUUAAGAAAUCCUUCUUGGGGGAUGAGUUUCACUUGUUUUAGAAGAAUUUUACCACCACAAUAUGCUGACGGUAUAUCUCUACCUCGUGUUUCUCAAAGUGGAAAACAGUUACCACCUCCUAGGGAUAUAUCUCUAGCUAUUCAUCGCUACAGAGAUCGUUCUGCUGAAGGAUACACUAUGAUGCUCAUGUCUUUUGGGCAAUUUAUCGAUCAUGAUAUUACAUUAACACCCAUCAGUAGAACUGUUGAUAAUGGAAUGAUUCAAUGUUGUCCAUUGCAAAACAGUACUCACCCUCAAUGUCUUCCUAUCGUAACUAGAAGAGACGAUCCAUUCUAUUCGAAAUUUAAUCAAAAUUGCAUUAAUUUCGUCAGAUCCGCUAUGUGUCCUAAUUGUGUACUUGGACCUCGACAACAGACAAAUGAAGUAUCUUCCUUUAUAGAUGGUAGCCAUAUAUAUGGAACUAAUUUGAAUACUAGUAGAGAGCUACGAACUAACAGUGGUGAUGGUAAACUGAGAACGGUGAUGAAUAGACAACAUGGUGAACUUCUACCACCCAGUGCCACUCCCGAUUCAGAUCAGUGCAGUAUACCCGAAGAUAAUAUGCUGUGUUUUAGAUCAGGUGAUCCAAGAGUGAAUCAACAACCAGGAUUAACCACUUUACAUACAAUUAUGGCUAGAGAGCAUAACAGAAUUGCUGAAGGAUUAAAAAGUAUAAAUCCUCGAUGGUCUGGAGAAAGAAUUUAUCAGGAAGCAAGGAAAAUUGUUGGAGCCAAGUUGCAAAUGGUCACAUGGAACGAAUAUCUUCCCGCUGUUUUAGGUUCCGAAUAUUCAAAUUUUUAUAAUAUACCGAUAACCGAGGAUGGUUACACCAUGUACGAUCCAAGCAUCAAUCCAAGUUUACUACACGAAUUCUCCACGGCCGCUUAUAGAUUUGGCCAUAGCCUCAUCGAUACGAUAUUCGAAACCAUUGCAUCUUCAGGAAGAAAAUCUUCUAUUGAUUUAAGAGAUAAUUUCUUCUUUCCUUUCGAUUUAUACUCCGGUUUAAUAGAUCCUUUGAUGAGAGGAAUACCAAGUCAACCAGCUCAGAAAUUUGAUCCGUUUAUGGUACCCGAUGUAACUAAUUUUCUUUAUAGAAGAAGAGGUAAUAACACAGGCUUGGAUUUAGCAUCUCUCAACGUGUUAAGAGGAAGAGAACACGGUAUACCGAGUUAUACAGCAUAUCUCAGACACGCUUUCGGUGUAAGAGUGAGAAACUUCAACGAUUUGAGGGUUGUUAUGUCAUCCAACGCUAUUAAAGGAUUCCAGAAUGCAUACGAAUCUGUCGAUGAUAUAGAUUUAUUUUCUGGAGGAACAGCUGAAACACCCGUCGAUGGUGGAGUAAUAGGACCGACAUUUGCGACCAUAAUAGGUCUCCAGUUUAACAAAUUAAAAUUCGGCGAUAGAUACUUUUUCACACACGGUGGACAAACCGGUUCUUUUACACGUCAACAAUUACAAGAAAUCCGCAAAACGACUCUAGCAAAAAUUAUAUGCAGUAACACCCAAGUUGAUGACAUACAAGAAAAUGUCUUCCUUUUCCCUUCAUUCAGUAACCCUGUGUUGCCCUGUCGAAAUUUACCAGAAAUUGAUCUAGAAGCAUGGAAAGAUUAAUCGGAAUAUCCAUAAUGUUCCAGUUUCAAAGUAUGGUAAUUAACCAGAAACAUUAAAGAAAACUUUAAUAAUAAAGUUUAUAUGAAUAAAAAUCGGAAAAAAAGAAGGGAAGGAUCAUAAUUUGCACAAAAUUCUGUACAUUUUUUAUUAUUCGAGCGUGAAAAUUGAGCAAUUGAGUGAAGAUGAUCUAAUAAUUUCUUUUUUCCCCUUCUGUUUUUUUUAAGUGUGUGUGUGAUACAAAAAAAAUUCUACUUAAUUUUAAUUAGUUUAUGUAUAAAUUUGAGGGUUUUUUAUGCAAAAACCCAACGAAAUAUAAACAUCUUCCUGAUACAACAUGAUAUCAACAAAACUUUACAGAAUUAAAUAAAUUAUAAAGCGUGAAAAACUUGUUAUCUCUUGUCCAUAAAACAGAACAAAUUUACAAUAAAAUUAAACAAUUUUUUAACAAUUA